AUGGUGAACACCACUGAAACCCCGGGAUACGUUCCCGUCUCGGAGUGGCCGAACCUGGAGGCUCUGGCCGUCGGCUACGGCGAGCACCUGAUGGUGCAAUCCACGGUGCUGUCUGGGAAGCGCUUCGAGCUAGUACUUGGGGGGACCACCGGAGUCGCACAUCAUUUUGUUGACGACCACAUGUUGACUUGGGAGAUGGUGGGAGACGGGCGGAAAGGCGACGCAGAAUACAAGGCGUUCGAGGUCCGACCAAACAUCUUCUUCGUCGAUUUCUACAAACCGGGCUAUGACGAGCAAGUCAGCCUCGUCCUCAACUUCAGUACUGGUCAGGCUCUGGCCGGCAUCUCUGGCUUCCACAUCAAGGACGGCCAGAAGAGAACGUGGACCGAGCUCACGGAUGCCUCGAUUGGGAGCUACGACUCAGUCAUGCCUUUCCAACCCACGAAGGACCUCAUCGGCAAACACAUUCUCUAUCGCUACACCCCCCGAGAUGCAUACGAGCAUAUCUAUCUGAACCAAGGCACAUUCACCUGGCACUGUUUGACCGGGACCGAGAAGGGGCUUGCAGACACCGAGCCUUGCAAGAUGCUCAAAGUGGAUGAUCAGCUGUACCUCCUCUUCUGGAGUGAAAAGGUUCUGCCGGUGGAAUCUAUUGUGGUGGUUGAUCUCGGGCAGAUGCGCUCUACAGGUCGUUUCUUCUGUUGGGAUCCGAAGCCGGCAAAACGAGUUCAUAUGUUAUUCGGUUCAUACGCGACUGUCCUGGCGGAGACAAACGCUGCCGCUGUGCUUGGUUCUCGUCAAUCCGCUCUCUAA